AUGAGUAGCGUCGGUGGAGCGAACGACUUGCCGGGGCUGCGGGGAAAACCUGUUGUAUCCAAAGGGUCGAGAUGGAGCGGAUCCGAUGAGCAGCGGCGCAAUGCGAGUGACGCUGUCAAGAGGAGGGGAGAUGAUAUAUACGAAAGAGGGGAGAGACUAACAGGAGGGGAGAGACGAGAGAGAAGGAGGAGAGAAGAGUCACUUCAGUAUCGUAGUCAGAAAGUGAGAGAGUGCGACCGACGGACUAAAGGACGAGGCAGAAAAAAAUUCAUGACGAGCGAACGAACUCGCAGCCAAUUCAAGAGUUUCAACACGAGCUGCUUCUUCUUGCAUGUCUUGUCAGGUAUCGUCCCGGUUGAGCCCAAAUCAGCAACAGCGAGCUGCUCUGAUGUUCUUACUUCCGAGGCUAGAACCAAAUUUGGAGUCCUCAAAUCCAAGGCACUUCGAAACAUUGCAUCGGUUUCACUUGACCCGAGUAUAUCUCAGGUCAAGAAGUCUAUCUAUCUACCUCCUCAGAGACGUCUAUACCCGUUGGGUACAUACAUACAUACUAAAGCAUCGGCGAGGACGAUGGCGACCAUUAUGCACAUCGGCAUACCUACUGACUGGUGUUCGGCCCAAUUCGGAGUAGAAGAGCCUAGAUACUUGACAGGAAUCCACUGGCCACGCGAGGUUCACGACCUACUAGACUACUUAGAGACACCGAGCGACCACCUUAAUCAUGUUGCCGAGGAUACUAGCUUUGCAGGAAUUACAAUGGGUGCUCGUGAGCUGCAGCAUAUCUUACGUAGCCGGGACGCUGUUUUGCAUGCGUAUAACCAUGCCCGUAGAAUUGUCGCUAUGAGCUCCUGCCGUCCCUUAGGUGGGUAUCUACCGUGCAGCAAAUCGGCUCUUCUGCCGAAUCCGAUUCCCGUAGCGGAAAAAGAUAUACCUGUCCGUCAAAUCAUGUCAAUGAGGAUGGUCACCUAUACACCACAAACUAUCAUGCAUAAGAUUCUGGAGGUGAGGGGCGCAAAGAGUGCUGUUGUGACUACUGUAGAACAGAAGUGCAAGAACAACGCAGUCCAACAGCGCAUAGGGGUUGGUAUUGACAAGGACACAAAUUGUGCACUUACGGAAACGGCGCCAUGA